CAGAAAACCGGAAAGACAACAGCCGCGAACCCGGAAGUUAAAGACUCCUGUGAGCGGUUCUCGUUGCUCUCUUUACACAGAUAGCACAUAUCCCCGGAGGGUGCAGCGUGUCCCGGGGGAGAGCCCGGCCUGCCCGCAGUGAGUGCUGUCUGAGGAGGAGCUCGGCUCUCGCGGUCAGGCUCGGCAUGGCGGAGAAGUUCGACAGCUUGGAGGAACACCUGGAGAAGUUUGUGGAGAACAUCCGCCAGCUGGGCAUUAUAGUCAGCGACUUCCAGCCGAGCAGCCAGGCCGGCCUCAACCAGAAGCUGUGAGUGGGCAUGUUAGUCCGAGUCCAGCCAUGGUGCUGCACCCAGAGAGCGGACUGUAGUUCCCAUGAUGCUCAGCCAGCCUCACACCCAGGCUGUCAGUGAUUAGCGUGUCUUUCUAUAUCGCUCUCACUCAUUCAGGACAUGGCACAUUAUUGUUACAUGUAUGCUCACCAUGUCACUAACCCUUUGAUCACAGUGGGUUCAGGAAAUCCAAAAGCAGCAACUUUAUUCUACUGUUGUGUAAUAUUGUUUUUAUAACAUAUUCAAUACUUUUAUGGAGAAGCAUUUGAUUAGACUGUUUUACCAACUCAGAAUACACGCGCAAAUUCUAAGCCAGUAAGGGGAGGAAGGCAGUGGAUAUAAAAAAACAUCUAAGGAGGAUACAGGGAGGUAGGAAGGCGAGGCGAUAAUGUUUCUUCUUGUAGACAUUCAUUGCAUCUGUCACCAACGCGCAGUGUGGUUUGACACCAUUUUUGCACACCAUUGAUGAUAAUAAAGGGACACUAUAGUCACCGGAAGAAUUGCAGCAUAUUGUAUUUGUUCUGGUGAGUAUAAUCGCCAGAACAAAUACUUUUUUGUUGUAAACAAUGUCUUUUCAUAGAAAAUGCAGUGUUUACUACCUAGAGAUACUUCCAGUUGCCAGUCAUCAGAUGGCUACUAGAGGUGCUUCCUGGGACACACUGUGCUACACUGAUAUUCAGUUAUUCCACUCUCUGUGUGGAGACACUUAAAGGACCACUCUAGGCACCCAGACCACUUCAGCUUAAUGAGGUGGCCUGGGUGCCAGGUCCAGCUAGGGUUUACCCAUUUUCUUUUUUAUAAACAUAGCAGUUUCAGAGAAACUGCUAUGUUUAUAAAUGGGUUAAUCCUUCCCCCAAAGCCUCUAGUGGCUGUCUCAUUGACAGCCGCUAGAGGCGCUUACGUGAUCCUCACUGUGAAAAUCACAGUGAGAAGACGCCAGCGUCCAUAGGAAAGCAUUGAUAAUGCUUUCCUAUGCGACCGGCUGAAUGCGCGCCCAGCUCUUGCCCCGCAUGCGCAUUCAGCCGACGGGGAGGAGAAGGAUCGGAGGAGAGCUCCCCGCCCAGCACUGGAAAAAGGUAAGUUUUACCCCUUUUCCCCUUUCCAGAGCCGGGCGGGAGGGGGUCCCUGAGGGUGGGGGCACCCUCAGGGCACUAUAGUGCCACUAUAGUGGUCCUUUAACCUUUCCUAUAAAGCUUAAUCAAUUCAGUGCAUCUCUGUUAGAAGAUGCUGUUUGGUUUGUGCUGGCUCUUCCUCUGAUCUGCAUGAUUUGACAGUCUCAGCCAAUCCUAUGGGAAAGCAUUGUGAUUGGCUUACAAAAUGUCAGCCAAGCAGGCAGAUCAGAGGCAGCAGCUGCGGACUUCAAUACAAGUAAGAUUGCAUUAUAUUUAGGGAGGCAAGAAGUGGGUUGGGGGGGGCUAGAUUGUGAUUUUUAACACUAUUGGGUCAGGAAUACAGGUUUGUGUUCCUGACCCUAUAGUGUUCCUUUAAUCCAGUGGUUCCCAAACUGUGUGACGUGCACACAGAGGUGCUACAGAACAUUUUCACGGUGCAAUGAUCAUAGCACCGGGAAAACAUUACUGCUCAACAGGGACCCGGGCAAGUUCCGCAGUCCUUUAAGACCGCAACUGGGCCCCUGUAAUUUCAGCCGGCUGGGAGGAAGUGACAGCCUGGCACCUAAGGUAAGAUAACAGGAGGAUGGCUGGAGAUAUAAAAAAUAAAUGUGUCUUCUCGCUGUGAUUUUCAUAUAUCUGUGUUUGUGCACACACAUCUGUGUGUCAGGUUGUGUGUUUUUAUUAGGUAUGCACCGAAAUUUCGGCUGCCAAAAUUUGUUUCCGAAAAUGGGCCUAUCAAAUGGGCAUCCCUAGUUUUUAUGUCAGUGUGUAUCUGUAUCAUGGUAUGGGCAUGUAUUAAUGUUUGUGUGUCAUGGUGCAAUAUGUGUAUAUGUCGUUGUAUUUAUAUGCAUCUGUGUAUGUAUGUGCAUACAUUCAAGCAGUCAAACACCAGCACAACAUACAAGCACACUCCUGCAAUCUAACACAAAUAUUACAAACACACCCCUGCAUUCAAACAAAAAAAUAUAUACAAACACACCCCCUUCAGCCUUCACUCAAACACAUACUUAAAACAAAUGUAUCACAUUUAAAAGUGAACAUUACAUUCAGACACACCCCUGCAAUCAAACGCAAACAUCACAUAGAAACACACCCACACAAUAAAUGUAUACAAACACCCCUUCAAACACCAACACUGUACAUUGCACUAUAGCGCCAGUGAAUGCUGCAGCACUGUACAGAUAUAGAACUUAGAAAUUUUGACUUGGGGGUUUUUACAUUUUCUUACCAUUAAGGAUCAGGGCUCUUUUUACAUUUCUGCAGUGUUUGUGUUUAGCUGUAGUUUUCCUCUUACUCAUUUACUGUACUCAUUCAUAUUAUAUACUGUUUUCCCCUUCAGAUUAGAGGCAGUGCUUUACAACUGGGAUUUCAUCACAUGGAGGGAAAAAACAGGCAGUCAAUCUCCCAAACUUUUAAAGAAACUCCCCCCAAUUAACCUUUGGCUUUAUAAAUUGCUUGCUACCCAAGACAGCCCCAGUUUUUUUCCAGCAGAGGAGGGUGUCAGGUUCAGGAUUUCUCCCUAGAAGUAUGGUGAGAGGGCUGAGGCUGUGGAGGCUCUACUUCUUUUAAAUACAUUUUUCAGAGAUCAGCCAGGGAUAACACACCAGACGGCUGUAUCUCCCCGAGUUGUAUUACUUCCGUCUAUACCGAGCCAGGUGCCGGGCAGACAAUGGUGUGCAUUUGGGCACUAGCUGGGAAGUCCUGGGCUGGCGGUGGAACACUCGAACAGGUUACGUUUAUUUCCACCGUGGAAUUGCGAAAUGCAGGACAUGCGUAAAGCGAUUUAAAAUUCGCGCCCCAGUAUCUUUAUUAUUUUUUCUCUCCGGGGUCAAGAUAUUGGUUUCCAGGACUUAGAGAGGCUGUUUACCCAGCAGCAACUAACUGUUGCCAGGUGCACUCAGAAUCUUUUGCAAGUGUGUAUUCAAAAUGGGGUAUAUCCAGUCUUUUGUAGUAGCCACUUUACCCCUUCCUCCCCUGCAUGACCGGUUUGGCAGUGGGUCAGUAAUGGUGUGGGGUGGCAUUUCUUUGGGGGGCCGCACAGCCCUCCAUGUGCUCGCCAGAGGUAGCCUGACUGCCAUUAGGUACCGAGAUGAGAUCCUCAGACCCCUUGUGAGACCAUAUGCGGUUGGCCCUGGGUUCCUCCUAAUGCAAGACAGUGCUAGACCUCAUGUGGCCGGAGUGUGUCAGCAGUUCCUGCAAGACGAAGGCAUUGAUGCUAUGGACUGGCCCGCCUGUUCCCCAGACCUGAAUCCAAUUGAGCACAUCUGGGACAUCAUGUCUCACUCCAUCCACCAACAUCACGUUGCACCACAGGAGUUGACAGAUGCCUUAGUCCAGGUCUGGGAGGAGAUCCCUCAGAAGCACAUCCGCCACCUCAUCAGGAACAUGCACAGGCGUUGUAGAGAGGUCAUACAGGCACAUGGAGGCCACACACACUACUGAGCCUCAUUUUGACUUGUUUUAAGGACAUUACAUCAAAGUUAAUUCAGCCUGUAGUGUGUUUUUUCCACUUUAAUUUUGAGUGUGACUCCAAAUCCAGACCUCCAUGGGUUGAAAAAUUUGAUUUCCAUUUUUUAAUUUUUGUUUCGAUUUUGUUGUCAGCACAUUAAACUAUGUAAAGAACAAAGUAUUUCAGAAGAAUAUUUAAUUCAUUCAGAUCGAAGAUGUUGUUUUUGUGUUCCCUUUAUUUUUUUUUGAGCAGUGUAUUAUCAAAAUACAGUUAGAAUAACAUUUAUGUGUGUGUGUGUGUAUAUAUAUAUAUUUAUAUUUUAGUAUUUUCGGUUUUUAUUUGUAUUUUUGUGUGUGUAUUUUAAUUAUAAGUAUUUUUAUAUUAAUAUAUGUAUAUAAAAAUACACUUAUCACUAUUUUUAUAAACUUUAAAAAAAAAAAUUAUUUUACACAUGCAAGCAGACAGCCUGUCAGCACAGGCAGUCCCCCUGCAGGCAGACACUUGGACACCUAUUGUGACCAUGUGGCCGCGGGUUCCUAAUUUGCCGCGGGGAGACUGCCACACCGGGAGCAAUGCUGAUUGCCGUCGGUGGAACGACUGCGAUCGGGUAAGUACAUAUUACCGUUAUGACGGUUCAGGACAGACACCGGUCCUCAAGGGGAUUUUUCCGAUGACUGUCCUGAACCGUCAGUAGUCGUGAAUGGGUUAAUAUUUGAAAUUAAUAAAAUGUAUACAUUCUUGAAUGUAGACCAGUUGCACAUACAUGUCAUGUUGUGUUAUACAUGUUUCUGGGUGGCAGCUGGUCAUUCUGGAAGCACGUACUGACAGCAUUUUCAUAGGCUAGAUAUAAGCUAGCUACUUAGGUAUGUGUUAAAUAAGUUGCAGAACAAAUGUGAAUUAUCUUUAUCUUUUACAGGAAUUUCAUGAUCACUGGCUUGCAAGAUAUUGAUAAAUGUCGACAGCAACUCCACGAUAUCACUGUGCCCUUAGAAGUAUUUGAGUAAGUUUAUUUUAUUUAUUUUUUAUAUGUAUUUAUUUUAUAUAUAGGUUUAAUAUAUUCCACUGUUCUUUACAAUGUUUGACUCUUAAAGGAAUAUUCUAGUGUUAGAGAUAGAGAUAGAGAUAUAUAUAUAUAUAUAUAUAUAUAUAUAUAUAUUUUUUUUUUUUCCUUUUUUUUUUUUUUUUCUGACAUAUGGUGGCAGUACGUAUGGAACAAGCAUCUGCAAGAUAGGUAAUUAAGAAAAAAAGACAGUGUUUACAGCAAAAAGCCUGAAGGUAAUGAUUCUACUCACCAGAACAAAUUCAAUAAGCUAUAGUUGUUCUGGUGACUAUAGUGUCCCUUUAAGCAGAGAAUAUGCAAUCAUUCCUAUCUUAGACUAUUUGAUUAUCUGUAAGAAUUUAAUCAGCUGCUCUGCCUGAGAUAUUCCGCAGAGACAAGAGUAUGGGUCUUUGCUGGCAGGUGCAGCGGUGUCCAAAACUUAAGUCUCUUGAUAAGCAGCUUGUCAGUUUCCUGAUUUUGUUAUUGUCACAUACUUUAGAUGGAUUUGACUAAUAAAAGUUGACAAUGUCGGCCAAGACCGUGGGUUGAUCUGCUGUUUCCCUUAUAUUCUUGUAGCUUAAGCUUGGACGGCAGAUCUGCGUCCUUUUCGGUCCCCUGUUUACUCCCGUUAGGGAAAGGGGUAUCUUUUUAUAACCAAUAUCGAAAAAGGAAAAAAGCUCUGCCUCAAGACAAGUAGAAAAAGGUCCGACGUGGGUAGGCGUUUUGGACGCCAAGAAGCUUGGAGGUGUAAUCCUGCAUUUCUAUACUAAUGUGGAUAGCUCAGUUAAAGCAAUGGGCUUCUUAGGCCACCCAGGAAGUUCUGUUUCCUCCUGGGAUCUUUCCUCAGUCUGUCAGGUCCCCUUUUACUUUGGAGGUGGUUCCUUUUUAAUAUGCUAAAGCUUAACCAGCAUUCUUAGUGGCCGUUACCUCUGCCAAGAGAGUAAGCGAGCUUCAGGAUAUAUCGUCUUCAGUGGAAUUUCUUAUAUUCUACCAGGGUGAAAGUUGUUUUAUCUUAAAACUUCAGUUCUUCCAGAGUUAUCAAUUAGAGCCGUUAAUCAGCUCAUUCAUCUGUAAUUUUGCUACCUCCCCGCUGGAACUAGAUGGCAUAUUCUAUUUUUAUUUUUUUUGGCAAUCAUAAUGGCUUAUGCUUCAGUAAUUUUGAUUCGACAGCAUCUUUCUCUGCGCAGAGAGAGCUCUUGCUUCACCCGAAGUAAUCAGCAUGGCUGCUUCUUGGUCAGCUUUUAGCACUUUAAAAAAACAUCAGGCAUUUUCAGGCUAGAUGUACUCUGACUCUAAAAUUGCGCUAAGGCGUAGGUACUUCAAGCUGUUUAGGCAUAAGGCCCACCCAAUUGGGGAUCUUGCUAUAUCCCAUACGUACUGCCACCACAAAAAUUUUUACUCUGUUAAUUUCUUUUUUUUUUUUUUUUUUUUAAAUAUGGUGGCAGUACAAAAUCUAAAUUACAAUUUUCCUCAGUGUGUGGCUUAGGUAUGUAUUCUUGCUACGACUGAGGUGAGUUUGCCGGGGAAGCCCUUUAUAGGGUAAAGGGAAGGGAGUGUUUUUGUUUUUUUAAAUUACCUAUCUUUCAGAUGCUUGUCCCAAUUUGGAAUCACAACUUAUACGUACGUACUGCCACCAUAUUAAGAAAAAAAAAAAAAGCAUUUACGGAGAGUAAAAAUUUGUCUUCCUACUGUUUGAAGGCUCCAAGUCUAAUAAAAUUACUUGCCUCUAAACCAGCAGAGAGAGGGCACUUAGAGAAGCAUUAGGUAUCAAAGCACAUGCAGAGCAAUUAGUGUUAGGUAUCAAAGCACAUGCAGAGCAAUUAGUGUAAUUUGCUGGCAGUGCUUCACUAUGAUACUACUAAGGAAGGAAAUGCUUCCCUUGCUUUCUGGUUGACAGGUGGUCUUAAUGAAGGUGGUUAUAAGGUGUUGAUUUAUCUUAAAAUCAGCACUUUUAUAAAUUCAAGGUUAAGUGUCCCUCUAGCUUUAAACGCUCAAGAGGUUUGGAGUGUUCCUUUAACGAUAGGAUAGUGCCAGUUUCCUGGCAUCAUAACCACUACAGCUUGCUGUAGUUUGGGUGAUUAAACAUGUCUCCUUAAUGUGAAAAUGUGUAAAAGGGGAAAGUAUGAAUCCAUCUACAUGUCUAUGUAAUAAAUUAUCAGUUGAAAAACUGAAUUUAUUUUAUAUGCUGUCCUGAGGCCGCUGAAAACCGGGUCAACAUUUUAUUUUUCCACCAGUGCUGGCAAACAGCCAAUUGGUUAUUGCCAGACUGCUUAAUUUCCGAGUCUUUCAGCAAUAAUAUGAACUGAUACUCCUAUGCAGAGGUUGCCCCCAUCCUUGUUGCAUAUAUCUAUUCUAUGUGACCUCUGACGGUCGGUAGUCUGUAAAUGUAGUCUGGUACACAGGUGUAAGACAUUCUCACUUCUGUUCUAUUGCAAUUGGUGUCUGACAUCUUUGGCAUGGUGCCCCAACAAAUGAAUUGAAGUGCACCUUCAGAAACAAAUUACUGUAAAGCCUCCCUGCAGGCUCAUAAGACUUUCAAUGUCUUGCAUACCCUGUUAAGGCAACAUUAUAACCCAAACAUUGAUCAUCAAUAAGGUGCUAGAAUGUAGGCUUGGCAAACUAUUUAUGAACAACAAAAUAAUGCAACUGAAGUAAUUAAUGACAUACAUUUUUUUUUUCCCCCCCCCCAAGUUAUAUAGAUCAAGGUCGGAAUCCUCAACUCUAUACUAAAGAAUGUUUGGAGAGGGCUUUGGCGAAAAAUGAACAAGUUAAAGGAAAAAUUGAUACCAUGAAGGUCAGUCUUUUUAUAGGGCCUCUAAAAAAAAAUAAAAAAAUUCAAAGUCUUGCUAUCAUAUGAAGCAGAAUGUACAAGCAGAGCUUCAAUGUACUUGUUCUAGUGAUUAUAGUUUGUCCCUGCAGGCUUUUUGCACUAAACACUGAAAAGGUAGCUUUGCAUUCCUGACUAGGAACACCACCAGUAGCCUUCACUCAGAUGCUCGGCUUGGAGAUGCUGAACAUUCCCCAUAGAGAUGCAUUGAUUCAGUGCAUCUCUAUGAGGAGAUGCUGAUUGGCGCAGCGCAGCAUUUUGCCACACGUGUGCUUUAGCUUCUCAAUGGUUUCCUAUGGAAAAGCAUUGGAUGAGAUCCUCCGUUUUGAUCUCAGCUAAGGGGUGGAACUUGGACAGAGUUGGCACCAGCUGAUCCACGUGGAGCUGGAUUAAAAGGGAGUUUUUAAACUUUAAGGAGGACAAGUGGGUUUUUAACAUGAUAGGGUCAGAAAUACACAUUUCUACAGUGGUGUAUUUACCGCAAGGCUGACAAGGCUUUUGCCUUGGGUGGCACUUUGGGGGGGGGGGGAAUAUGACAUCACUCCGGCUCCAGUAUCACUAAAUAAUAAAAAAAAAAAUUAGUGUGUUUUGUUUGUGUGUGUGUGUGUGUCUGAUAGCGAGGGUGUGUGUGUGUCUGACACUGAGUGAGUGUGCGUCUGUGUAUCUGUUGGUGAAUGUGAGUGUGCAUGUCUCAGUGAGUGUGUAUGUUUCAGUGAAAGUGUGUGUUGGAUAAACAAUGUGUGUGACAAUGACUGUGUGUAUCUGUCAGUGAGUGUAUGUCAGUGUAUGCAUCAGUAAAGGCGUGUGUUAGACAAAGAGCGUGUUUGAGGAAGUGAAAUUUAGAAGGGGUGUAGGGGGGUGCCUGAGUUUUGUCAUGUUUAGGGCAGCACAAAACCAGAAUACACAACUGUUUGAAUUUCUGACCCUAUAGUGUUCCUUUAUUUUCCAGCAUGUUACUGAAAUCUGAAUGUGUGGAGUUUAUCCUAGAGUGAAAAUUUUAAUGUAUGUUUAUUAGAUUUGAUUAAAACACUUGCAUAGAUGGGAAAAUGCUAUUAUACACCUAUACUUUUAUGGGUCUUAAUAUUUUUGGAUAUUAUUUUCAAGAGAUUUAAUAUAUUUGCAUUAACUUUUAAAAUUAUGUUUGAAAAUCAUAUCCAAAAAUAUUAAAUUGAAGCAGUGAAAAUCACAACUGGCAAAGCAUGACCCAAACGACUAACCCUUUAAUGCAGGGUUGCUCAAAAGUUAGAUCCCCAGAUGCUUUAAAACUACAGCAUUUUAAAGGCAUCAUGGGAAUAGUAGUUCUAAAACCGCUGGGGAUCUACCAUUUGGACACCCCUGCUUUAAAGGAUUACUCCAACCGCCAUCACCACUUCAGUAAUUUGAAGUGGUCAUGGUGGUAGGAGUCUGGAUGUGCAGUGUUUAUGUUUGAAAUGUUGCACAUCCAAACACAUCUGGCUCAAGUGACUUUUGCAGCUUGAAACUCUGUUCUAGGUUGCCUACUGUCAAUCCUGUGUAUAUUUUAUGUCUGUCAACAACACACUGACAACAGACAUAAUAUUUUCCCUUGCAUGCAGGGCACCCCUUCCAUUGCUGGUAACUUUUAUUUUUUAUUUUAAUUUAUUUUUUAAAUUUUUUUAUUAUUAAAAUUCCCUCUUCCUCCAUUUGCUGGCUCAAUGUACGCAUGCAUGCCCCCUGGUGACUUCAGAUAAAUUGUUAAACUAAUCUGAAAAGUUGUUGUUCUAUAACACCAAUGCAUGUAAAUACUGAUUAUGCUCAAGGUGCAGUUCUUUGAAAAGCCAGUCCUUGUUAGUGUUCAAUUAAAUUGUUACUGGAAAGCACAAUUUUGAAGUAUUGUCAGCUCAGCCACUUUGUUUUUGAAGAGGUAGCCACUAAAGGAGGAUUAGAAUCAGACCAUCUCCUACUAAAAGAUCCAUCAAAGUUUUGCACAAAAUGUAAUGGUGCCUUGAGUAUCACUAUAUUGCUUGUAAUAUGACUACACAAAUGUCUUGGCUCUGUGCUAUUGCCUCCUAUUUAGAUUGUCAUAUGCUGAACUUCAGACUUUAGUUGGUCCUGUUUUAGCCCAUGUUAUUUGUAAAAAAGAAUCACAAGAUGCUGUUUUGCAAAUUUUAAACUUCAAGCUUGACUGAGCAUAACAUUUUAGUCCUAUCUUGUAACCUUUUCGCAAGAACAGAAGGCCAAAAAAUAACAAUGAAAAGAAACAAACAUCCUUAAUGUCAUUCUUGUGCUGCCUCAUACCAAUAGCAUAGUCUAUUACUCAGUCUUGAUUGGUGCUGCAUGGAUUGUUGAUUUAAAUUGCUUUUUGAAUCAUUGUAUAGUGUGUUCUCUUUAUCUGGCAGCAGCAUGCAUUUGUAGCUUUCAUAAUAAGCAAAUAGACGGCAGGUUUCUUGGCUGUUCUACGUUUUCUAAGCGUCAGGAUAUCAUUUAGGGGUCUUUAGUGCCAUGCAGACUGCAUGUUCAUUUCUAACUCUGAUUUGAUGGCUAAAUAAGUUGUCAGGUUUAACUGCAUUAUUUGUAAAACUAAAUUGUAUCUUUUAAAAAAACAAGGGUCAUUAGGUUUUUGGAGAAUUCAGUGUUUGUUUUUAGUAGAGACCUAGGAUUCAGUCUGUGCUGAAUGAGAAACGCAUCUGCUAUGUAGCUAUGCAGGUGACAUAUCAAGCUGUGGGAGAAAAUUUACUUUCCAGGGUACAUGGGUAGCCAGAUGGAAGACUAGAAAAGGUGAUAAUGCAAUGUAAACUGAAUAAGGUAUGAGGGAAUAUGGCUUAAUGUUUAGAUGAUUCAGUACCUUGAUUUAAAAAAUAAAAAAAUAAUACUGUUGACUACAUUAAUUGAAGUGGCUUUAAAUAGCUACUAGUGGUUUGUAUUGUAAUAGAAGCUAGUAUAUGAAUGAUUAUAUAAAGUAUCUGUAGAAGUUGAGUGAAUUGUAUCACAUGGCCAGUUAGGCUACUUGAAUAUGCUCUGCGAGUUUUGGGUGUGUGGUAUAAUCACGUGAUAAGCCAUAAUCAUCGCACAUGACAAAUCACGGCUUGAACUAUCUUGCUUUGCAUGUAAUGUGUCUAUCUCAUAUAUUCGUUUCCCCUUUUACGUUGCAUUACUGAAAUAAAUGAACUUUUGCAUCAUAUUCUAAUUUUUCGAGUAUCACCUGUAACUAGUGACAAGCACUAUAGCGUUAGGAAAACAGGUUUGUAUCCCUAAUGUUUGUGUUCCUUUUUAAUGCUUUAUUUGUUAUAGAAAAAAAUAAAAAAUAAAAAGAUUUUAUUGUCAACUUUAAUCCCCUUUCUCUGUUAAACAGAAAUUCAAAAGCCUUUUGAUUCAAGAACUGAGUAAGGUCUUUCCAGAAGAUAUGGCCAAGUACCGGGCAAUACGAGGGGAAGAUUAUCCUCCUUCCUAAUGGCGAUGCUUCAAACUUUAAUUCGAAGGACUAUAAAAUAUUUAUUUCUUUACAGCAAUGACUUUAGAGAAAAGCUGUGAAAAAGUGAUGAUAAUAUCUACUACACUGCAGGAUCUGGAAAUUGGUCUGAAAGUUAAAGGAUGGUCUCCUGCUACGGAAGAGUUUUUUUUUUUUUUUUUCAGAGUUCUUAUUGACUGCAGUGUAGUGCAUACUGCUUUCUGAAAUAUCCAUUUUAUUCUGUGUGACAAGCUAGGCACACUCCAACAAUUUCAUAAAAUGUUUAUACUCUGAUGUGCCUGAAUGUAAUGUACUGGUGCAUGUAUAAAUUUAAAAACUCUAGGGACUAUAAGCAAUUGUGAAUAUAUGUGGAUAUAAUUUUUAUAUAUUUUUUUUUCUCCCCGUCUCUGUGCCUAUGAAUACAUACUAGCCCUAUGUUAGUUGCCCAUUCAGUGGGUCACCAUUUACACUGCACUGUUGAGGCUUGUGUGGCAUAAAUGCCUUUUGCAGUUGCUCUAAAACAGUGGUUUCUACCUCUGUCCUCAGGAGAUUUGGUCCAGUUUAUGUCCGUAUCCCCGUUGGAAUAUAAGCUGAAAUAUCUACAUUAUUGUCUCUCUGUGUGCCUUGAAGGAUGGAUUGGGAAACCACUGCAGUAGAACUACUGUUUACUUUAGACUGAUUAUGUGGUGGUUUGCCAUGCUAAUUCUAGAUGUUCAAUUUAUAUUGACACAGGUAAGUUAUUUUUAAGGAUUUCUAAAUAGGCUAUUACAACUAGUGCAAGCAUGAUUUUGAGUUGCUGUUAAAAUAACCAUGAUUGCAGAAUUCUUAUGUCCACGGUUGAUCUGAUUGUUGAUGUUACUUGUUUGUUCAUUUGUUUUUUGUGUAUGGUAGUAAAGAACCAUUGUGUAGCGUGUGUUGUGUUUUUUUUUUUUUUUUUCUUUCUAUCUACAUUUACUAUUAAAGUUUCC